UGGAGAAAGGAUAGUGGUGGGCCGGUGGACCCUUCAAACCCAGUUGAGGGCACGAUACCAGAAGAGAAGAAAGAAGUUCGCUCCCAACAUUCUCCUGGAAGUAGGGAGUUAAAAAGCCCUUCUACUCCCGCAACCAAAGUGCGCAGAUCUGCCUCCUCAUUGUCCACUGGAAGCCCCAAACCUGCACCUAAAUCCCCUAAAUCCAUCCCGAGUCCUAAACCAAAGCCCAAAAACUCUCAAAUCACCUCAGCCUCCAAAAGUCAGGACGUAUCCCAAAAAAGCUCAGGCUCCAAGCCAACUCAAAAUGGGACUUCAUCUCUGGGGUCUUCACCAAGCCAAGCAAGCUCUUCAGGGCUUCAGCGUCCAAGAGCAAACUCUAGCUCCACUCGAAGCACCUCCAGAGACAGUUUGUCCCAGUCCAAUGACAGCCUCUCACGGCAGUCGCUCGUGCCUGACUACAUGGUGCGUUCUCAGAGCUUCACUCACUUCAAGCAACUGCCCUCACCAACGUCCGCACCCAUGAUGCGCUCCUUCUCUUUCAACAAGGCAGUGGAGCUAGCCAAACCGCUUGCUAAUACACAGCUUCGUCCUCCGCGAACAGUUGGACUCAAAUCUCCUUUGAGCCUGAGCAAAGGCCGUCUAGUGCUCGGAUUGGGGGGCCUGGGAUUUGGAAAGGGGAUAACAGAUAGACUACCUGCUGGGACUCCUUCUUCAGAGAGUUUAACACCUCCUAAUUCCAUAAAAAGGCCUCUUCUGCCUAACUCUGUGCUGACAAAACCCUCAUUACAAGCCUACAAGCUAAAUCGACCAAUUCCUGCCAAACCGCAGUGCCCUCUAGUGGUUGGGAGGAGCCCAGUGGAGAGUGACGUUAUAACUCCGCCUCUCACUCCCGAGUUGCUCCAUUUUACUACAAAGAAU